GCAAUGGACAAAGAACACGAAGUUUUGCUCAAUGCGUUUGUGAUAGCUAAGAAACGGUAUCGUGUGUUUUACAAUGCGGGCAUUCUCGUGUGGGAAGAGGAAUCGUCCAAGAAAGCUAAAACGACCGUACCGAUAACGGAUGUACUGUCGGUGGUGGUAUCGAAACUCCCCCACGCGAAUGGCAAACAAUGGAUGGGCAAACGCGCCAGCAAGGCACCGCCAUCGCCUCCAACGACGGCCGCAACAAUCGCACGAAACGAAGCCCACGGCAGCCUAGACAGCGAUCGUAUUCCAGUGCUGUCCGGCUCGACCACAACCAACACGCUUGCAACAAACGCCAGCAACAACAUUCCGCACCAUCACAGCAACCGAGGUAGUUUGAAUGAAUUAUCCGACUCUAAUGAUGAUCGUCGGGACACCAGUGACUACUUUGAUGGUGUGAUUCAAACUGGAAAUUUUAAUUACCUAAUCAUUCACUACGCCGCACUUGUCUGUGCGAAAACUAAUCGAUGGCGUGUGAAAUCCGUUGCCCUGCACAACAGCGAACAUCGCAUCGUGGAGCUGUGGUACAACCGUCUAUCGAGCGACCUAAGAGAUCAAAAUCGACCCAAAAAUUUGCUCCUCUUUCUAAACCCUUACGGUGGUAAGAAGAAUGCGUUGGCACUGUACGAACGGUACGCGAAACCACUGUUCCGGCUGGCGGAGGUUGACGUUAAUCUAAUUAUAACGCAACGCGCACAGCAGAUCUAUGAUAUUGUCACCUCGAAAAGUAUCGUGCUGGACAAUUAUGAUGGGCUUGUGUGCUGCGGUGGCGAUGGUACAUUUGCCGAAUUGUUCAAUGGAUUAGUCACGCGAACGAUGAUGGACUGCGGAAUCGAUGUUAAACAUCCACCGUUCCUACCGAAACCUAACAUUCCAAUCGGCAUCAUUCCCGCGGGUAGUACCGAUACGGUAGCCUGCUGUCUGAACGGUACCACCGACAUAAAGACUUCGAUCCUACACAUCAUACUUGGGCAGCACAGUGGCCUUGACAUAUCCGCCGUUUAUAAUGCGGACGUAGUUGCGAAGGACGACGAUGGAUCUCCGUGCGCGAUGGGCAAUACGCAGCGACCCCAGCUGUUGAAACUGUUUGCGAGCGCUCUGUCGUAUGGUUACCUGGGGGACAUUGCGUACGAUAGUGAGAAGUAUCGAUGGAUGGGACCGAAGAGAUACGACUACUCUGGAUUUAAGAAAUUUCUUGCCAAUCGAGGCUACAAUGCAGAAAUUGUAGUAAAUCUCGAUCGACGAGGAAAGCAAGAUCCGAACGACGGUGUCCGCUGUUUCGAUAAGUGUAACCGCUGCAAAAAGGCUCUUUGUGGGCAGAGCGGUAGUGAAGGUGGUGGUUGCGAGGAGGACAACACAGAACCGUUGGUCGUACGGGGAAAGUUUCUUAUGGUAAGCGGUGCUAACAUUUCCUGCUCAUGCGAACGAAGCCCACAAGGAUUUUCACCCUUCUGCCAUCUGGGUGAUGGAUUGUUAGAUUUGGUGCUUGUGCGCCAUACGUCCAUGUUUAACAACCUUCGACUUCUGCUAACGAUGACAUCGAAAACGAAGAAACUUAGUGAGCUACCGUUUGUGGAAAUUUAUCGCACGAAAGAGUUCCGGUUCACCGCGAAUGGACAGGGUGAGAUGAAUGGAGGUGAGAUUGCACCGGCAAUAUCCUCCGAAAUGAUGCGUCGCUCGAAAUGGAACUGUGAUGGGGAAGUAUUGCUCGAUACUAAUAUUAUUGUUGAAUCCAACUGUCAGUUGAUUCAAGUCUUUAGACGAGGAAUUUUACCAGGUGGCAGUAGCGGAUUAGAACAACGGGAUACGGAAGAUAAAGAUUCCUGUUGUUUUGGCCUGUGCAACUAA